UGUGUUGUAAACCUGUUUGAUCGAACAAGUCAAGUGACAGCCGAUUUGUUUCCGAUUUUAUCUGUGAUGCUCAUUGUUCUGAUUGCCAUCCUUCCUUUUUCCAUCUGAUCAGAAUGGAGAAUCCCUUACAGUUAUAAUUUGAUAGAGUGAAUUCCAUGUAGCGUUACAACUCAGUAUCUGAUUGAUUGUAUGGAACUUGUUUGGCAAAACAAGGGAAAACUGUUUAGGAUGAAGUUACUGGAGUAGAAUCAGUAGAUCGCGAAGUUCUCGUCUGCUCACUCUUACGGUCUUACCAGGAGAAAUCUUUCCAGAAUGAAUCCUAAGAUACCUGUGGAGGAUUCUCCGGAACUAGUGCUUCAGAUAUUGAAGAGCGUCGAUCUAGAAGCGUUUUUUCCGCGAAUUCGUGACGAACUGAACGUGACUCGUCUGGCACAUUUUGACCAUGUGAAGGCCAGUGAUCUGGCCGCCAUCCAGAUGGGCGGACCAGCGCGGCGCCGUCUGUUGGCCGCGGUGAAGGCCCAUCAGGACGCGAUGAAGCCGCCGGGAAUUAUGUCAGGAAUUAUCGAAAAGGUUUUGCCUAAAAACAAGACCAACCACCUUGCGAAGCCGGGAACUUCCGCAAAUGCAGCCCAGUUUCAUCUGCACACCUCCCAGCUGGAUGCCAGUAAAGUGGGAUGUUUGAUUAAUACCAAGGACGUGGUUAUCAAGGAGAAACUGGGCCAGGGAACGUUUGGCGAGGUGAUGCGCGCCGAAUGGACGCGACCGGAUGGACAAGUGGUGGAAACAGCCGUGAAAAUGUUACGCAGUGAAGCGGCGCUGCCCGGCGCAUUCUCCGAUUUCGUAAAGGAAGUCGACGCCAUGAUCGGACUGCACCAUCCGCAUCUCAUCAGUUUAUACGGGAUUAGUUUAUCCUCUCCCUACAUGAUCGUCCAGGAGUUGGCGCCGUUGGGAUCCGUGCUGGAUCGGCUGCGCAAAGAGUGCGGGCGGACGUCGGUGGCGCGCAUCUUCAACUGGGCCAAACAGAUCUGCCGGGGAAUGGAGUUUCUGGAGAGUAAACGAAAGGUGCAUCGGGAUUUGGCGGCGAGGAACAUUUUGCUGGCUUCUAUCGAUCAUAUAAAAAUUGGAGAUUUCGGUCUGACCAAGUCAAUCCAUCCGGAUGAAGACUGCUACACUAUGACGGAGCACAAGAAAAUCCCAUUCCCCUGGUGUGCGCCAGAGUGUUUGAAGUGGAAGAAGUUCUCCCAUGCCAGUGAUUGUUGGGCAUAUGGAGUGACGCUAUGGGAGUUAUUCACUUUUGGUCAACAUCCUUGGACCGGUUGUUCGGGCGCAAAGAUUUUGGAACUGAUCGAUCAAGAAGAACGCCUCAGUAAACCGGACGCCUGCCCAACCGAGAUCUACCAGAUGAUGUAUUCUUGCUGGCUCCAUCGUCCACAAGACCGGCCGAAUUUCGCGUCACUUGCUGCGUAUCUUCGCGAUAAAAGCCUCGAUACUCUCAGGGCGACCAAAACAUUUGAGGAAGAGGGGAAAUUAAAACUGCAGCCAGGCGAUGAGAUUAUCGUGAUUGAUGGACGAUUGGAAUGCUACUGGUGGACGGGGCAGAAUCAGCGCACUUAUGAUGUUGGACAGUUCCCUCGGGUUGCCGCUGCAUCCGGAAGAACGCGAAGGCAUUCCGACAUUAGCAAUCCGCUGCGGCAUUCCUUCGUCCACACGGGCCACGGUGACACGGAUCCGAGUAAGACCUUCGGCAGUCCGGCGGUCAUUGACGAGAUCUUCCUGCGCAAUCCCGUUCCCGCAGCGGAUCUGCUGGGCGAACUGGGAUCGCCCGCCGCCUCCGCCGCGCCCACUCCCCUCGAUCUCCAGGCUGUGACAUUGCCGAAACCGCCCGACAGCCGACGGAAUGCACGGGGCGCCUCCAGUGUCCCGUCCUCAUCCCCGCCGCGCGAUGCCCUGAUUGAUCUGUCGGAUGAUGCUCAUGUGUUGCAUCCGGGACUAACCCGGUUGAAUUCCCAGUCGGAGAGCAAUCUGGUCAGCUCGGAUUAUGGAUCUCAGUCCUCGCCGUUAUACUCCAACGAUUUGGCCCACAUUUCGCCGCUUCCAAGUUAUUUCAAUCUGCCGCCAGCGAACGAAUGGGGCGCAUCCCCGAGUAUCUAUCCCACUGCGCCGCCCUACUACUCAUUCAGUGAUCUGCGAGGAAGCAAAACCAGUACUCUUUCCAGUGGUUCCACGCCUGGGUUGCCGCAGCGACCGCAGACGUACGGAAAUGUCCUGCCGCCGGGUAAUUCGGGAAUGUUGAGCGGUCAGUCAACGGUCAUGCCCACCGUUACUGCGUUAUAUUCUCCCGACUACUAUAAUACUGCAACCCAAAUUCUGCGUCCGGCACCUCCGCCUCCAGUUUUCGCCGCUCCAUCCCAACCGGUCUCCCGCUCCCCGGGUGUUAUCCCGCCGCACAUCGCCGCGCUGCUCCUGCCACCUACCAAACCCGCCAACCCACCCAAAAAUCACUUUAAAUCCGAGCACAUCAUCAAAACCGUCCCCAUCACCGAUCUGGACGAUCCCUUCGACACUAGCCACCUGGAACGCGGCGUCUUGACCAAGGAGACAGUGGCGCCAAUCUACGCCACGGUGAAUAAGCCUACGGUGGCCCGCGUGACGCCGCUGCAGGUUACCCCCGGGAAGAGUCCCGCGGCGGCCGGGAACACGGGAUCGGUGCUGGAGGAUCUGGUGCGGAAGGUGCAGUACGCCGUCCCCGGGGAAGCGGCCAAGAACUGUCAGGCGGUGCUGCACAAGCAUCAUUUCGAUGUGGAGAAGGCCGUGGCGGCGUUGAAAGUGGAACGGCUGCUGCGGUUGGAUAUCGCGCCGGAGACGGUGUGCCGGAAGGUGCUGGAGAACUGUCAGUGGGAUGUGGAACGGGCCGGUGAGGCGCUGCUGUCCGGAACAUGAACGGUGGAUUUUUAUAAGAAAAGGUGAUUAUUUUUUUUGAUUUUUUUCUUGCACAAGUUGUUGGUUAUUAUUCCUUCGGUAAUAAAUCUCGAUGAAUUAGUAAUUAUUAUUAGAACAGAAUUUUACGCUUCUUUUUAUAAUUAAAUUGAUGGGGUUUUU